UCUUGGAGGUGGAGGAGGAGGGGUGUUUUGUUGGAUUGUUUUCUAGUGUGUGUGAUAAAGUAUCUUGGAAAUUUUAUGUUAGCUGUCUGUAUUCAGUAAAAUCUUUUGAAUCCAACUUCAAGCUGAAAGCAGGUGAUCACCUGCUAGUGCCGUCUGUGAUCGAUCGUGUCAGUGUUCGGACGUUGCUUUUAUUUUAACGCGUUCUCCAGCCACAGCCAAGAGGAAGAGGACUGAGGGAGGGGCUAGUAGAAAUAACACUUUGUCUUAAAGUGCUGGCCUUCGGCGAACCCACCCAACUACCCUUCUACAAGCCAGGCCCGGCCCCGGCGGCGGCGCACCACGCCCACAAGUUAUGUUCUGAUCCGCUCUGAUGAUGACUGCUCGCCUCUAAGCCCGGAGCCCAUGGCCAAGAUGCGGUACUCCGAGAUGCCAAGAGAUGUCUCCUGCGACAGCCUGGCCACCCUAAGGAUAUCAGACAACUGUGGCAGUGGGUCUGGAGGCAGCCUCUUUCAAGACAAGUCGCCCAUCAGCGAGUACGGAGAGCCUACGUCACCUUACCAUAAUAGCAGCCCAAGUUCAGAAAAUCCUAAUGGAACUAAUGGGCUUUUACGUCGUGAUAGUACACAAAACGGAAGUUCGGGCAAUAAGCUCUCUGCCAGGCAUCGUCAUGGUAUUUCGAGAACACCUUCUGCAGGUCAUGCCAAAAGGUCCCUGCAAUCAAAUAUGUCUGACAGCAAAGGAGCUUGCUAUGACAACUAUGGUUCUCUGCCCUCUGGAAGUAACAUUUCACCUCAUAGCAAAUCUCAGAGUCUUCCUGGGCACACAUCUGGAGCAUCUGUGUGUGGAUAUGACAAAGUGGUGCUUGAUGCUCUUCGUGUUUCUCCUGAGGACUUUGCUGCGCAGCUUACUAUCCUUGACCUUCCCCCUUUUCGUGGUAUCCAACCAGAUGAACUGAUUAGCUGUGGGUGGAAUAAGAAGAACAAGCUUGUAAUUGCCCCAAAUGUAGUUGCAUUCACUAGAAGAUUUAAUCAUGUGAGUUUUUGGACUGUGCAAGAGAUCCUCAGCGGACCAACACCGAAACAGCGUUCGGAAAUCCUAGUACAUUUCAUUAGAAUAGCAAAAAAGCUACAUGAGCUUAACAAUCUACAUUCUCUUUUUGCCAUUAUCUCUGCAUUGCAGAGUGCAUCUGUCUACAGACUUAAUAAGACAUGGGGACAUCUUUCUAAGAAAGAAAAGCAGUUAUUUGAUAAAUUAGCUGAGCUUUUCUCUGAUAAGAAUAAUUGGCAAAACCUUCGAGAACAUAUGGAGAGCCUUAAACUCCCUUGCAUUCCAUACCUAGGUCUUUUUUUGACAGAUUUAGUGUACAUAGAUAUGGCUCACCCACAUUCUGGUGGCCUGGAAUCAGAACAGAGGAGACUUAAAAUGAAUAACAUAUUAAGAAUCAUAUCUGAUUACCAACAAUCUGAUUACCGCAACCUAGUACUUCUCCCGCAUGUGCAAAACUAUUUACGUUCAGUGCGCUACAUUGAAGAACUACAAAAGUUUGUUGAAGACGACCAGUACAAGUUAUCAUUAAAACUGGAGCCUCCUUCCCCAGCACCGUCAUCCUCUAGCUCAAAAGAGUCUGUUACUGAGGCAGCUGCUACUGUUGCUUCUCUAAAUUUGUCCCCAGCUAAAGGCCCUGGCUGUGCAGGAUCAUUGCGUUUACAUGCAGCAGUCAAUGCCACCGGCAAAUUUGUACCUGGCCAUCGAAAAUGCCGCAGUUUAGGAACAAAAUUUCGUAGCACAAGCCUCCCACGAAAUCUUCAUAAACAAGGGCAAGCUACUCUUCUAGCCUCUAUGGGAAUGGUGGCUCCAGGCAUUUUCCACAAGGCUUCCCAUGCAGCACCCUGUGGAGAUGUUGGUUUAGCAUCUCAGCUUCCAGCACCUUCAACUCCUCGCCAUCUUCUUGAUGAUUCUGUGCUAGAGGAAAAUAGUUCACCUUCACUUGGAGUUGAUGGGACACCUAAGUUACCUCACCCUCCUUCACCGAUCCGGCGCAAGGAUGAAGAUGGGGUCAAAUUGCUUACCAUGUUUGGUUCAUCAUUACUUGCAGAAACUGAUGAGCUUGGAGAAGAAUGUUUGGUUCAAGGAUGCCUUCGCCGUAAAACAGUGCUGAAGGAUGGACGAAAACCAGCAGUUUCAUCAUGGCAACGUUAUUGGGUUGAGUUAUGGGCCUCAUCACUUAUUUAUUUUUCACCCAAGUCCUUCAAAGGCACAGAGCGGUCAGACUUCAAACAUGAGCCUUGCAAAAUCACCGCUGUCUCAGGCAUGUGCGUCGCUUUGGGUGACAAUCCAGUGCAGCCUGAUGUUUUUCAACUUGCAGAUCCUGUGAGAGGAAAUGUCUACAAGUUUCGAUCUGGAAGUAAAAGCACUGCUAUUAAAUGGUGUCGUCAUUUGCAAGAGCUAACAAUUGGAUCUCCUGAAAAACCUCUUCCUGCGAAUCUUAUGUCGUUUGAAUAGUGUGAUAUGAUAUUGAUAUUGAACAAGUUAGUUCUCGCUAGGCGUAAUGCUGCAAUCUCUUGCCACCUCUUAUAGAUAUUCAUUUUUUAUGUUUUUGAAAAGAAUUCUGUAAAAUACCAAGUGUCUGCAUUUUCCUUUUACCAUCUCAAACAAAGAAAUUGCUUUUAAUCUAUAUACCUCACAAAUGAUUUGGAGGAACAUGUGAUGAAAAUUCUGGUUUGUUGUUAAAAUUUUACGCAGACUUGUUAUUUAGUAUAUUUCCCUUCUAAAUGUAUCAUUUUUUUUUCCCCUGUGAAAAAUUGCAGUGUCUUCUUUAUUAGUACUCAGAAGACUGAUAUUUGUGGUGUCAAAUAGCAGUCUGUCUCUACUCUCAGACACUCAGUCCUGAUUAUUUGUUACACUUUCGAAAUUGGCGCUUGUGUAUAGCAUGUGUAUAGUGAACUUUCCCUCAUGCCCCUGGCAUUUAAGACAAUUAAUAAUCUCAUGUUUAUGUUAUAGUUUAUUUUAUACCUUCUUUACUCAUGGAACAUGACAAGACUUAUAAUGUUUCUUUGUAGUUGUAUGAAUAUUUAUAACUAUCACCAUCACAACUAUGCAUUACCAUGCUUAACUGACAUUCAUUGCUUGUUCCAUUACUUCCAUUCAAUAAAAGUUAAAUGUAAUAGUUCAAGGUAGAGCAAUACUCAGUAUACUUUAGAGAGGUAUAGCAAGUAUUUAGUGUCAAUUUAUAACAUUAGACUUGUGAUUUAUUCCAAGUGCCUGCUACUUUAAUUUAAAAACUAGCCAAAUUGUAACUACCUUUGAUUUAAUAGCACAAUCAAGUCUACUUUUGCCUCAUGUUACUGUUUCAUAGUUUAGUUCAGUGAACUGACUUUGACAAAAGUAGAUUUUUUUGGUGUACUACCCAAACAGGGAAAUGUUUACCAUGAGUCAUAAUUUUUACAUGUGGACAUGCUCUAGCUCAGCUCACUUUUUAAAAGUAAAGCAGUUGGGCUAUUGUUAAGGGUGUACCAUAAGAUCAUAGUAAAUGCAAGGCAACAAUUUGUAAGUUUGAUCGAAAGCUAUUGCAGACGGUGAACUCUUUGUAUUUUGGGCAUCCUAAAAUAACUUAUUAUUCUGAUCCAAAACAACCUAAAAGAUAAUGCUUAUUUUUGGGAGACUUUUGUAAGAUCACCUUGAUGUAGCAAUUGUUUCCCAGAGUGUAGAGUGUCAAUUAUUGUAAAAUACUGGAAAACUGUCUCUAAAAUUAUUGUUGGUUGUGUCCUUGUAUUCUAAAUGCCAAACCUCUUGAAAAAGAAGUUUGAGGUACGUUCUAAUUUGAACUGACUGCUGUGCUUUUAGCCGAUACAAUGGUAGAACUUUUACAAAUUUGAUGUACAUACAUACAUUUAUUUAAAGCAUUCAUGUAGUAAAAAAAAAAAAAAAAAUCAUGUAAAAAAAAUUGUUUUAGCUCUCUGUAGAUGUACUUGACCUCUGAGAACCCUGGGAAACAUAGCAGAGUUAGUUGAUAUUUAGGAGAGUAGAAAUCUCUUGAUUUGGCUGUGAUCCAUUCAUCAUCACAGUAAUUCGUGGAAAUUUUUGUGUGCCUACAUUUUAUUAUUUGAGAGAAAGAAACUGAUUACUACUGAAAAAAAUUAUCUGGUCCGAUCAAUUAUUUGUACAUCUAAAUUAUAACAUUCUCUUUCAGAAUUUUGGAUUCAAGUACAUACCUCAACAGUGCUCUCUGAAAAUUUUAUUUUUCCUGUCAAUUCUUGAAGAGCCAACCAGUUUUCUCUAUUGUCCAUAAUUGAUUCGUUCUUUUUUUAUGUAAAUAUGUGCAGUUGUGAUCUAAAGACCUAAUCUAUCCUGGUUAGCUUUCCCUUCAAACGUUGUGUUGAGAGUAGAUUUGAUCAGUGUCAGCAUACCUGUUUGCUUUGAGAAAUCAGAGUCGUAUAGAGGGGGGCCACCGGCGCCGUUCUUUCUUCUGGUUACACUGUGCCGGAUGCAGGCGUGCGGGCGGACUUAGACGUGCCUAUCGUCGCUCACGGGCGCCUUACAGCCCCGUACGAGUAUGCAACCCGUCCGCAUUCCUUCAUCCGGUGCAGUAUAAGGAGAAUGGCACUCAUGGGCCUCCCUCCCUGUAUUUUGCAAGCCAGAAAGUAUGAAUGAUCAGUGGUACAUAAGGCACCACUUGAGAAAUCUGUUGCUCUGAAAUCACUGCUUCAAAUACAAUCUAGUCAUAUUCCCUUACAUUAAAUGUAGAAUAUUUUGUGUAAUUUUGGUUUCUGAUUAUUUUGUUCACCUGCACAUGUCUGUUCUGUUUCCCCUCAACACUGCUCACCUUUGUAGUUUGCAACCAAUGUGUUGUGUUAGUUGUCCAUGUGAUUAUUAUUUCUCUUAGAUAUUGUGUUUCCUCUAUGUUGAGUGAACAUGACUCAAAUGAGCUGAAUGUCUUGGCUUUCAGUUAUUUUUACUUUAUGGCAGAUCAUCUCAAAAUUAAUUGUUUGGUGCCAAAUUUGUUCAGUUUUAGUGUAGACACAACAUUUUAUUUUAGUCAAAGCCCAUAUCAUUUAUCCAUUCACUAGUAUUGCAUAUCUGAUUGUGCUCAAUUCUUUGUACAUGUCAUCUGUCUUCAAUAUAUCAUACUUUUUUGAAACAAUGGGAGCAAUUUUCAUAUAUGAGCAACAAACAUUUUAUAGUCUGUGUGAUCAUUCCUGAUCAUAAUUUUAUUGUGGAUUUGUUCUACAAUAUGUUUGCAUUCCAAUUGUUUCACUGCAUUCAUAUUGCUAACACAGUAUUAAUCUAAAAAGAUUCACCCAUCUAACUUUCUGUCCCUCUCAUUCUGCUAUCAUUUAUAUGCCAGUGUGAUAUUUUAAGUAUGUGUUGUAAUUAUUUGCCUAUGUCUUAGCUGUCUGAUGUUUUCAGGUCUUCUAAUGGUUAAACUAUACCCCUAUGUGGACCAGAAAUCUACUUUUCUUUCUUUAAUACACUGAAAUAAUUUGAUCAAACUACUGCAUAUCUAUCCAAAAUAGUUAUAUUUGUGUAUGAUUAUUUUUAAAAAUUUGAACAAUAUUGUUGGCUACUAUUAGCUCUCUUUUGUCAUAUAUCUAAACCAAAAGUUAUCACCAUAUUGCCUCUUAAUAAUCUUUUAUUUUUCCUGUUUUAUUUUAAACUUAUUCUUGUGCUGAAACUAGUGCUCUUACUUUAAAUGACUGUUAAUUGACUUGCCAUAUUUCAGCUAUUGAUGGUUUGCAUCCCUUGUUUGGAAAACAUCUACUAUUUCAUGUAUUUAUUGAAGCAUUAUGUGACCAUGUAUGUAAUAAUGCAUUAGUUCCCGUGUAUGUUUUGUUCCAGUUUUAAUAUGUUGCCUUCAAGUUUGUAUAGAUAAUGACUGUUAUGAAAUACAGCUUUCUCAAACAGAGUAA